AUGCAAUAUCAUGUUUCAAAAUAGGAUGUAUUGGGAACUCUCCAAGACGUCUUCAUAAAAAGCAAUCAUCUCCAGGAAAAUUCAAAGAAUUCCAAAAUACCUCAGAAACCUUCUUCUGCCAUUAAAGGCAAUCUGGAAUCCAGUACAAGCAAAAACAAGUUGGAGCGGUAUUUGGAAAAGUACUAAUAAAGAAAAUAAUUGCAGGAUGAAAACAAUAGUUCCUUAGCUUAGUCUAUACAAAAUACUAAUAUAAUGAAAACACAGCAAAAACUAAACGAUAGUCAAACGGCUUAUUCAAGUAAGAUGAGCUUUCCGAGAGAGAACACAGAGAACGAUGACAAAGAAUAAUAAUUUACAGGAGUGGGACUCUCUCAAUACAUGUCAUAAUUAUAGCAAUCCAAACUACAAUGUACAUUUGUUAAUUAGGAAUGCCAAACUGAAUUCCAGAAAUAAUACAUGGUGUUUCAAGGUCUGAAUGAUUUGGUUCAAGAUCAUAAUGAAUCUAACAUAUCUGUUAUCGAUGAGAUCAAAUUAUUGAGCAGUAAACGCGCUCAGUAGAAUACGAUUUGUCCGUAGAUCCAACUUACUUUACAAUUCUAAAAGGAAUAGUCUCUAAAACAAGACUUUUCAUGUUAAUUUAAUACUGAAAUCAAAUAAUCAGCUGAAAAUUAAUAAAUUAAUUAGAAGCCUCCUUCAAUUGAUUUUGGAUGUCAAUAUGAUGACUCUCAAAAUCAAGUCAAUGCCAUUGUAGAUGAUGAACAUCCAAUAAAAAAUAUUAGAACUAGAAGUCGAUGUCAGACAUCAGCUAACCAAAAAAACAAGAAUGCUCAACUUAAUAGUGAUGAUCAAAUUACUUUCUUAGAAUAAGAAUUACAAUUAAGAGAUGAGAUACUAGAUACAAAGACACGUAUAAUUGCUGACAUGCAAUAAUAGUUAAGUGACUUCUAUAAGAUCUUUAAUAAGGAAAGUGACAUCGAAGUUGGUUAACAUGACCUAAAUUCUUCUAAGGACAGUGACCAUUGGAAAGUUGAUGGGUUGAAUCGACAAUUAGAGAACGAUGCGAACAUCUAAGACUAACUUACUUAGCUCAUGGUUAAGUAUAGUGAGGAGAUCCUAGAAUUGAAGAAGGUUAUUGAUGAUACAACUGAUCAAAACAGAAAGUUGAAGGAGGAACAAGAGUAAAUGAUAAUCCAUAUUACUGAAUUGAAAUAAUAGUUGGUAGAUGUGGAAGACAACAAGGUGAAAGAAAUAGAUAUAAUCAAUCAGGAUUACCAAGAUAAAUUGUCAAAAUAGAUUAUGAUAAUUGAUGAAUUGUAAUCUCAAAUGUGCAGUAUUCAGACUAGUCCGACUGAUAUCCCUCUGGGUUCUAUAUAAACUACUAUGAAUAAUAUAACAGAUUAACAAAUGGAUGAAGUUGGGUGUGAAUCUUAAACUACCAAGGUUAACAAUUAGAAGGCUAAGAAUGUCCUAAAACACAUCAACAAAAUGACCAUUAUGACUGCUGGUUGGAUGUCUAACAAAUAAGAUUAUGUGACUCUUGGUGUUUUGGGGAGAAUUGAUUAGAUCAAGAGUUAAACUAAAUUAGAUUCUUUCAAAAAAUUAAAUUGA